AUGUUUGAAUGGGUACUCUUCUUUUUCAUUCUCAUUGAUGUUGUGGUAUGUUGGACGUCGUACCUUAAGAAGUUAGAUUCUGUAAAGUUAGUGAGUAAACCACUUUUUUGUUUACUCUUAAUUGCUUUUGUUUUACUCAGUGUCGAGCCUAAGCCAUACGUUCUUUUCUUUUGUGCCGGGCUUUUCAGUUCUUUUAUUGGUGAUUUGUUUUUGAUCAAAGAAGGGUUGGAAUGGUUUGCAUGUGGUCUUGUGUCCUUUUUAGUUAGCCACAUCUGCAACAUCAUCGGGUAUUCCCAAACUCUUCAAAUAGGUAUUUUUAUACCUUCCUUAUUUGUCCUCUUAAUUGGGACAAUCACAUCUGUUCCUUUAAUGCAAGGUUCAAAGUCCAAGACACAAAAAUUGUUUACGCUUCCCGUUCAUGUCUAUUCAUGUGGUUUAACCGGAGGAUCAUUUUUUGCGUUGUCGACACUGAGCAGUACAGUUGGUGUAAAUUGGAAUGGAGUAUCUUCUGUGAUGACUGCUGUCGGGUAUUUGUUUUUUGAUAUUAGUGACGCGGUCUUAGCUUACAACGUCUUUGUCAAAAAGUCGAACCUUACUGCUAUUAUUAUAAUAACGACAUACCACAUCGCUCAGCUUCUAUUAAUGGGUGGGUUAGUAUAUAACGAGAAGUACAACGAAUUACUUCCCAUUUUAAUAUAA